AUUGUAAAGCUAAGAAUGUAGUAGAAGAAGUAACUAAGAGAUGUCAUGGUAAAAAACAGUGCUAUAUAGAAGCUGAAGAAUAUAUCUUUGGUAAUCCUUGUCCCUCAGGAAUCAAUAAAUAUCUUAAUAUUACCUAUAUCUGUGUUCCUAAAAAUAUUCUAAAGAAAUUACGGAGAAGAGGAAAUCGACGGAAAAAGAAAAAAGAUGAGAAAUUGAUAACAUCAACUGUAUCAGCUGAUAGUAUAACUACUAAAUCUAUAAAUAAACCGUCCAUAACGCCCCCACCAAUUUACCAGAAACCAAGUACUAGUAAACCUGAACUAGUACCAGCAGGUAACACUACAUAUGCAGCUGGACCAGAGAUAAUAGAGAAAGAUCCACACGAACCUAAAACUUAUACCAAAGAUAAUAUUGAUAAGAAAGUUUUAUCAGAAACAACUGAUUCAACAGUCAUCUGUAUGAACGUCACAGCUAAAAUAGACGUUGGUAGUUCCAAGGAACAAAAUGCCUGGUUUGUACUCCUGCGAGAAAUGUUCAAUGCAUGGCAUUACUUAAAAGCUAAUGAAGAGCGUGUUAUAUUAUAUUUUGUGAUAGCUAUUUGUUUAGCAAUCAUACUGAUGUUAACAGCAUUAUUAAUCAAAAUCGGUACAGACUUUAAACGAAGUAUACGUGCUAAAUUAGAUGUUACCGAACCUACUCAUAGUCAUAAUUAUAAUUCCCAUAAUCAUACAUCGAUGGAGACGCCCAUGUUAGAUGGUUCAGACUCUUUAGAUAGAAUUGAGGUUGUGAGAUUUAGUCCGCGAGGAACUUUACGUAAUAAUGACCCUGGAAAUAGAAGUUUAAGUAAUUAUUAUGGCUGAACUAUGACUGUGUUGUUAUUUGGAUUCUGUUAUUUAUUGUGUUUUGUUCUUCAACUUGUGUUUGUUGAGUGCCAUUUUAAAACUAAGUUACAGUAAGUUAGCAGAUAGUGUUUCAUCAUGAACAGUACUGAUUGGCAAAGUGUGCAGCAACCUGAGUAUAGUUAACUCAAAAUUACAUCAAACAACAAAAUCAUGUUCCAAAGAAAAGAGUUUAUAAAGAAAUCUGCAGCCAUCAGAAGGUAAAUAUGAAGAACAUGGAUAGCUCAGGAAUAUUUGGAAAAAAAUGGGCUCCAUUUCCUUUAUUUAAAUUGAUAUUAAGUUCUUGAUAGAGGAAAUACAAAUUUAUUUUGUAUUUAAUGCAGAUAGGUAUAAUUCUGAAAUGUCUUUUGAAUGCUACAUUUUAAUCAGCAUUAAGGCGACAGGACACCUUUGAAUAGCUAGAGAAGUCCCUGAAUAUGGCUGUCAUUGACCACCAUACUCAAGCUGUAAUUUAGGAUGAAAAUAUUAUCAGCAUCAGAAAAAUUGCAAGUGUGCGCCAGACUCUGGAUAUCUCCUGUGCUCUGUCUAGCAAUCAGGAAUGUUCUGCAGCAACUUACAUUAGCAUACAUAAUGUACAUAAUUUCUAUUUAUUGUAUUUGUUAUGUUUUGUAUAAAAGUAGAGACCCGUUAACAACAGGUUGUGAGUCAAUUAUAUUUAACUCUUAAAUAGGUAAUCAAUUGGUACAUGUAUGCCCAGUGUAACUAGCACCAACUAUACUCUGUGAUAGGUGAACAAUAGGUGUUUGAUGCUGAUUUGUAUGUUUGAUUUUGCAAUAAUAGGGCAAUACAGAGGAGUAUGAGAUCUUGUAUUAUAAAACAAUAAAUAUUGCACCAACAUCUGUCAAUAUAUUUAAUGAAGUAAAUCAGACUGUAUAAAUGGCAUCUGGUAUUUUUAACCAGAAAGCUAUAUUACUUUUAUAAUAUAAGUUCAGAGACUUGUUUACACUGAAAUAAUCAGAGAAUAGCCAUUGAUGUUUCCUGCCCUUGAUAUUUGUCAGAUUUUCUAAACUGAACAAUUCUUUCUAUGGUUGACUUGAUUCAUGGCUAAAUAUAAAAUGUGUCCAGAUAGCUUGACAUAGUGAAUGAAAUUGAAGCAAAUUUUCAAACUUUUGCAAAUUUUGUUUUCUUCAUGCUGUAGUAAAAUGGACAUUGAAUAUGUCUGACUUUCUUUCAGUUAUAAUAUUAAUGAUACAUGUACCUUUAUAUACUUUUAAGCAUAAUAAUUUAUAAAUUCAAACAAAUUGUUUUGUGUCGUUUUCACAGAAUCAUUUCAUUUUUGUUAAUGUUUCUUAAUAUUUGUAAUCAUUUUACGUUUUUUUUACAAACUUUGUAAUUGUAAAUAUCCAUAUAUUUGUUAUAUCUUUGUUAUAUUUUGUGAUUUUGUAAAUAAUUGUAUAUAUUUAUAAUAUUUAUAUUUACAUUUUUAAACUGCCAAAGUUUCUUUAAGGGGGAGUGUGUGCUAACUUAAUAAAACAGGAAUUAUGACUUAACCCUGUCUCCCAAUGGCCCAGUAUUUUAUUUAGUACAUUAAGUUAAUUUUGGUUUUUAAAGUAAUGUCAAAAGAGGGCGAAAUCAUUGUUUUAUGAAUUUUUUGGUUAUGAAUUUCAAAGACAGUCUUUAAAAGCUGUAUUUCCAUUUCUUAAUUAUAACCAUUAUACAAAUAUGUUAUUUAAUAAGUUAAUCGUUGCGAACUCCCUAGUUAACUAUAUCUGGAAAAAUGAUUUUUCUCUAAAAGGAUUUCCAGUAAAAUUUCAAGAUAUUUGAAAGUUAGUUAUAAAUUUUGUAUUGUAAGAAGAAUCAAUUUUUAAAAACUGGCCUGUAUGAAGCACUUAAUUAAUAGGAUGCUGAUAAUUUAGAUAGUGUAUCAAUAAUAAGACUAAUCAAACCUUUAUUUGAGCAUCAUUUUUCAAAAACAACUCAAUGAUAAAUUUUGCUCAAUUAGAAAUUUGCAAAUAGAGUAAUUUUUAGUGUGGAUUAUCUUCUUAAAUCCAUAUUUUAUAAUCUAUUGUAAUCGAUCAAGUUUAUUUGUAUAUUUUUGUAUAUAUAAUUUAAUAAAUGUAUAUCAACGAC